CUUUGCUCUAGCAGUGACAUUUUUACACGCACAACCUCGAUGAAGCCUUAUCCUUGAAGCACGAGAGCAGCUUCGUUUGCUGAGAUGCUUUCCUCGCGCUCGAGCAGCUCCUCAAGGAGCAGCUCGGCGUCGUCCGAUGCUGAUUCAGAGGCUAUCGCAAACGCGUUGCAGUUCCUCCAGGAACGCCCAGGCUUUGAGCACGACCCCGCUGGUGAUUCAAAUCCAGACAGUCACGAUGCGAAAAGUGAUGGAACAGAAGACUCUAUUAAGAGGGACCCAACCGCCCUUCGUUUGUCUAAACUCCCGCUUGGCGCUCUAGCCUCAACCACCCUCUACAAAACCCAUCCCCAACAUAGAAACCAAGCUUCAUUAACCAACGGCAAUCAUCCUUCUCAGCCAAAGAUGGAUAUGGUGGUAAAAGUUCCCCGGGCAUACCAUGAGAGGGGCACAUAUCUCGAAUAUGAGGAAGAAUUCACCGUAAAGAGAGUCAGGAAGGACUGGAUCGAUAAUGAGAAAGCUGUCUAUGAAGUCGUAUUCGAGGAUGGACACUUUGAAAAUGUUUCACUUGAGCGCUUGGAGAAGCUUCCGAAUGGUCAAUCUGCGCUUGAUUCGUACAUCAUUUACGAGUCUUACACCUCCGAGAGUCAAGAUGACCUGGAUCCACACCCAGCUAAUCUGCGUCUAUCACGGCGAGCAUCGAGAAAGCCUCGCGAGUCGAAAGUCACUGAUCUCAUAGAGCUGUCUUCGAAUGUUGAUGGUGCGGAUGAGCUUGACGACCUCAGCACUCCCGAAGCUGCGGACACUUACAAGCCCCGAGCGACUAGACUUAGACUUACUGAACCUAAGCGUACUCGUCAGAUGGUUUUCGAAUAUACUGAAGACGAGGAGGAGCGGGCUGGAUAUAUCAAGCGCAAAAUCCGUACAAGGAAAGCUAAACUAAGCUUUCCAAGGAGACGCAACAACCGCCGGCGAGCAGACGAUGAUGAAGGUGACGAGGAUUUUCCUUGGAUUGUCUCAGAUGUUGUUUCGUCCAACCGUCGUUCUAGGAAACGGGCGAGCAGACCAUUGCGGAACUCGGUAGCGAAACGUCCUAGCAAAACCAUAAGAGGCCUGCAAAUGGACACUCCUACGAGUGCUGAAGGCACUAGGCGGUCUACUAGAUCCGGGAGAGCCGUCAAGAGCAUGGCGGAGAAAUUAGAGGAUGAUAUCUAUCUCCUUGAAGAUCAAUCCAAUACCACACCCACGGUCCCCCGAGCUGUGGGAGCACGAGAGGUGUUCAAGGACCUCCCAAAGAGCAAUGCGUUUCGCAACUCGCAUUGCCAGGCGUGCGAUACUUGUGGCGAGUACGGAAAUAGUAAGGUUAAGGGCAAUCUCAUAUUUUGCCAAGGCUGCACUAUGUCGUACCACAAAGCUUGCCUUCGACCACGGAAUCAAAGAGAGCAUUUGGCAACGAAGGUGUCCGAGGACGAAUUUGUUCUGCAAUGCCGUCGAUGUAUUCGUAUUGCCGAGAAAAAGGAUCCCAUCGCGCCACGGCAAGACAUUUGCCAAGUGUGCAAAGAGUCCGGCCUUGCCUGCAAAGCCUUCCGGGCCCCCAAGACAGCGCGCCAGGAAGAAAAGGAGAGAGAAGAGAAUGCUGGCAAUGAUCCCAUUGCUGAGGUCGAUAAAGCUCGCAUCAAUAAUGCUGAAAUUAUUCUUUUCCGCUGCGUCACCUGUUAUCGGGGAUUCCACUUUCACCAUUUACCACCGAUGAAUAAUCAUCUGUCUCCAGAGGCUAAAAAAGUUGACGCUACCAAACUACGCAAAGAGGAAUACUGCACAAAAUGGCAGUGCAAAGAAUGCCUCAACAACGGCACUAAAGUGGAUACAUUAGUUGCAUGGCGCCCCGUUAAUGAAGACAGCUAUAUCCCUGGCUACAGCGCGGAUCAAGUCUCCGAAGAUGAGAAGGAAUAUCUUAUCAAGUGGCAGAAUCUGUCUUAUUACCGUGCGACCUGGAUGCCUGGCUCUUGGGUCUGGGGCGUUACUCAAUCUGCCAUGCGAAAGGCGUUUAUGAAGCGAAAUAACGGGUUCAAUUACCCCAAAAUGGCGACAGAAGAUGCCAUUCCCGAGGAGUUUCUGCGGGUCGAUAUUAUUUUUGACGUGGAGUAUUCGAAUUUUGUUGACGUUAAAAAUGAAGAGGUCGAAAAGGCUCGCGUCAAGGAAGUGAAGCGUGCUUUUGUCAAGUACAAGGGCUUGGGAUAUGAAGACGCUGUUUGGGAGGACCCGCCCGACCCCGAAGAUGGAGGACGUUGGAUCGAUUUUGUCGCCGCUUACGAAGACUGGGUUGCUGGCCGAUAUGUGCAGAUCCCUAAGCAACAUUACCUCGCGGACCGCAUCGAGAAAACUCGCCAUAAGAACUUCGAGAAAGAUUUGGUGAAAAAAGUACAACCAAGCAAUCUUACUGGGGGCGAAUUGAUGUCCUACCAGAUGGAAGGAAUGAAUUGGAUUUACUAUCAGUGGUAUAAGAACCAUAAUGCGAUCUUGGCGGAUGAAAUGGGUCUAGGCAAGACCAUUCAGGUUGUCGCAUUCUUGGCAGCAUUGGUUCAAGAUGUUCGCUGUUUUCCAUUUCUUGUUGUCGUUCCCAACUCGACUUGUCCUAACUGGCGUCGGGAGAUCAAAAAAUGGGCGCCCUCACUUCGCGUUGUUUCAUAUUACGGAACUCAACGUUCUCGCGACCUGACCUAUGAUUAUGAGCUAUUCCCGGAAAACAGCAACGAUCUGAGAUGUCACAUUGUCGUGACAUCUUACGAUGCGGCUUCAGAUGAAAAAUCAAAACAUUUCUUUCGGAAAGUCCGCUGGGCCGGUCUCAUUGUGGAUGAGGGACAGCGCUUAAAGAAUGACAAGAGUAUGCUUUACGCUGCUCUCAAUGCCUUGAAAGCGCCCUUUCGACUUCUUUUGACAGGUACUCCUCUGCAGAACAAUGCCCGGGAGUUAUUCAAUUUGCUUCAGUUUUUGGAUCCAGAUCUAGACGCUUCGCAACUGGAGGAAGAAUAUGCUGAGGUCAAUAGCGAGAACAUCUCCAAGCUCCAUGACCUCAUCAGACCAUUCUUCCUCAGGCGUACCAAAGCUCAGGUCCUCACUUUCCUCCCUCCCAUGGCACAGAUUAUCAUCCCGAUAACAAUGAGUAUUCUGCAAAAGAAGCUUUACAAGUCAAUUUUGGCCAAGAAUCCAGCAUUGAUCAAGGCGAUUUUUAAUCGGGGCCAGGCACUGAAGCCGAGCGACAGUCAUAACCUCAACAACAUUUUGAUGCAACUAAGAAAGUGUCUCUGUCAUCCGUUUGUCUACAGCCAAGCAAUCGAGGAAAGGAGCAGUAGCGCCGUCGUUUCUCAUCAGAAUUUGGUUGGGGCGUCAUCUAAGCUCCAGCUCCUUGAGCUCAUGUUGCCUAAGCUUCGGGAGAGAGGCCAUCGUGUGUUGAUCUUCACCCAAUUCCUCAACAUGCUUGACAUAAUGGAAGACUUCUUGGAAGGUUUAGGCUUGGCCUACCAACGCCUGGAUGGUAACAUUAACAGUCUCCAGAAGCAAAAGCGCAUAGACGAAUUCAACGCACCUGACUCUCCCUUGUUCGCCUUCUUGCUCUCCACUCGCGCUGGCGGUGUUGGAAUUAACCUCGCGACAGCUGACACUGUAAUCAUCUUGGACCCCGAUUUCAACCCUCACCAAGACAUCCAAGCUUUGUCUCGUGCUCACAGAAUUGGGCAAAAAAAGAAAGUUCUCGUUUUCCAACUCAUGACUAGAGACAGCGCAGAAGAGAAGAUUGUCCAGAUUGGUCGAAAGAAGAUGGCGCUCGAUCAUGUGCUCAUUGAGAACAUGGAUGCAGAAGAAGAGGAGGUUUCUAAUUUGGAAUCUAUUCUCCGUCACGGUGCCGCAGCUCUAUUCGACGACAAUGAUGAAUCCGAUAUUAAAUAUGAUUCAGCUUCUGUGGAUAAACUUCUUGAUCGAAGCCAGGCAGAGAAUACGAAAACCGGACAGGAUAAUUCAGCCGAGUCCCAAUUUAGCUUUGCUCGUAUCUGGCAAAAUCAGGCGAGUGCCCUGGAAGAUGGGUUGAAGGACUCUGAGAGCGAUCAAACUCCUGAUCCAUCCCUUUGGGAGAAGAUCCUGAGCGAGCGAGAAAGGGCCGCGGCAAAAGAAGCGGCUGCCAGUAUGCAGACUCUUGGGCGCGGGAAGCGGAGGAAGAAGGUGAUUGACUACGCAGACAGAGUCCAGGAACUUUUGGAUUCUCCCGAAAAGGCCGGCAAGGUCUCGAAGCAGAAGUCAACAGCUGAAGAUAGUGAUACGGACUUCAAUGACAGAGAGCCUCCUACUGAAGAUGAGCCCACGGAAGACGACCAAGUAGAACUCGAACAAGAAAAACGUCAGCUUGAGCAGAAUGGCUCGCAGACGCCAAAGGAAACUGGAAUCCUCAAAAAAGGCCGUCAGUCUCAGGAGAAGACAGGUGUCAUGAAACAGAGCCUCCCGGAACCCGUUUCUGUGGAAAAGGCACAGCCACCAAGUAAAAAGAGAAAAGUCCUCGACACGUCUUCAAAAACAAAUGUCGGCCCUUUUAAGCGCGCUGUAUUGCCGGAAGUCUCUUCAAUUCAACGCGGAAUCGCGCAUCACGCUGCAUCCCAAAGCCCUGCACCGGGAGAUCUCCGGCAGCCUAACGUUCGCAAAUGCCCCGCAUGCAAUCAGACGCACCCUGUCGGAUCAUGUCCGGUGAAGAUUGCUGGACCCGAGUAUUGUCCGCUCUGUGGCCUCGCUCAUUUCGGCAUGGGAAGGACCUGUCCGCAUUUCCAAUCAGAAUCUCAGAUUCGAUUGAUGCAAGAAGCUCUGAAGCACAGCACUGAGCCCAAAGAGCUAAUUGACGCUGCUAGAAAGUACUUGGUAGGCGUCAAGGCCGACUUGGUACGAAGAAAGAAGGUUCAUGCGCGGCGUUCUGCGCAGGCCAUGGUCGGUCCAACGACCAAUCCGAAUCUUCCUCCUG